AGCCUUCAUUCAGUGAGCUCCACAUUGAAAUCUCAGCAUUUUAUAGAGAAGUCGCUCAUUAUGUUACGGAUUCCAACUUCAAAUGAAACCGAAGCUGUUCUGGAUUUAAAUUGUACCCUCAAUGUUAUUCAUACUGCCAAGUUUUUACGAAAUCAACUUCAAGCUCAGGCUGCUCUGGAAAAUAAGUUUGGCGCAGACAUGUAUGCAGUGACGAUAAUAGGAGCAUUUGCCUCCGUCAUAGUUCUAUUGAUGUUUCGAUCAAUUCGACCUCAUCAGAGUCUUGAUGAUCAGGUAACAUUGAUGAUGUCGACUAUGAAAAUGAGAGUAGAAGUGGAUGAAUAUGAACGGAGGAAAAUAAAAAUGAAAGAAGCAAAGAAAAAAGCACAAGAUUGGAUAAAUAAUUUGAAAAGUCGAAGUUUAAGAAGUUUAUCCAGAAGUUCAAGAAGAAGUAAGAGUUCAAUGGCUGAAUCGAAUCCAUUAAAUUCGGAUUCAACGAGGUCGUAUAAAAAUGAAAAUAGUUUGAAUGUUCCAUUCACAACAAGUCAGCAAGCAAUACAAGUGGAAGAUGAAACUAGAACAGGAACUAGUUCGACUCGGCAAAGUGUCUGCAGUGCACCGACUCCUCAUCCACUCGAAGUGAAUCUUCCUAACCGAUCAAAAUCUCAUAUUGGCUUCUUGCCAGAAAUAGUUGUAACUGAAGAACGUCCGAAGCUUUGCCUUCUCUUACCUCCACCAAAUCGUCGUAGAAAGUCUGUCACUACACAAAAUAAUACUAUACCAAUUCACAAGUCUGUAUCGUGCCAACAACUUGUCUUAUCAAGAAAAUCAUCAAUGUCAAGUGCCCAUAGUGUUUCACCAUCGCUCUCCGAAGAAAUUGUUUUCAAUUUUCCUGACAGUGGUACCGCAACGCCCAAUGAUUCACCCCCUUAUGAUAUUUAGAUUUUUCGUUGUUUUCCCCCAUUUUUCUGUGAACGAUGUUUCCUAUUCUUUUCGGGAUUGCUUUAUUCAAUAAUUUUGUGUGAUGAAUUUAAUGAAUGGGUACCAUACCCAAGAAAUGGUUUU